AUGGAAGUCAGAGAGGAAGGACAAAAAGACUGGAUAUCUGUUCCGGCUGAAAAGUGUGUGGGCAUUUGGCCGAAACAGAGUGCGAAACGAAAGUUCCUGUGCGCAAGAUAUAAAGGACAACAGGAGGAGUCAAUACUGUUCCCCAUCACGGAGAAUUUCGAGACGCUUUGUCAUAUUGACAAUGAACAAGUCGGUAUUGAAGUAUGUGUGACCACGUCUGAUUCGUCGGUUGCCAUCCAUCUGUCGCCUUUCCAACAAGGAAUGGCACCGGUGUGUGUCAUGAACAGUCUCAAGGUACCCGUCACGUUUGGACAGAAAGGUCACGAAAUGAAGACGGUUAACAGCAAUGAAAUGAUGUACUUCACUUGGGCCAAUGUCACUAAGAACAAGGUUAUGGAGUUCAAAGUAGGAGGAUACACCGGAGAGGAUAAACUCGAACAAAAUCGCUUUGCUGACAUACAGCCGGACCCCAAUGUUAGGAGGUUCGCCUAUCUGGCCAACUUCCUCAUCGGAAGGCAACGAGUGCUGUUGUUCACCAAUGACUUGGACAUUGCCCGUUCUGCGUAUGGAUCGUGGGAAACUGAUACUGUUGAUAUGCAAGCUGAACUGGCCCUUCAAGGAGUGGGACUGUCUAUUGUCGAUAACAGCGUUGGCAAGGAGUUGCUGUACAUUGGAAUACAUUCAUCGGAUAUCCUAUGGGAGGAAGAGGUGAAGAAAGGGCGAUUCAAACCAUUUGCAGUAAAGCUCAUGCACGCAUUGGAGGAAAAGUAUCAGGAACAUCUGCUUGAACCGAACAAUGACUAUCAGCAAGUCGAUCAGUUCGAAGUCUCAUUCGGGUACAUGAUUAUGAAGAAGAAAAAGGGCAAGGAAGUGAAAAUUCGCCGAAUAUUCGAGAAAGGAAUCUGGGCAAACUAUGGAAAGAGCGCUGAACGAAUACGACUUCAUCUCAAAAUCAAUCAUAUGCAGGUUGACAAUCAGCUCGAGACAUGCGUUUUCCCGCGAGUACUAGCCAAUGUUCCACCUCCAAAGAGUGUUCUGGUCGACAAUGCGCCGAAACCUUUCAUCGAGCUGUCGUUCUUGCAAAGGCAGUCAGAAUUCUCAACAGUACCCGAAGUGGAAUAUGCUAGAGUUCUGGUGCAGGAGUUCGCUGUACAAGUUGACCAGGGACUGAUAAAUGCCCUUUUGGCGUUGAUAGCGUCAGAAGUCAACAAGGAAGCUUACGGGAAGGAAAUGUUCGAAGCGGACAUGGCAACGGCUUUGGUUGGCUUGGAGGAUACCGCAAUGCAAAAUCGAUCACAUCAACCAAGAUCUUUCUACAAUGAUCUGCAUAUUUCGCCUCUCAUGAGCGUAGGAGUUACUGUCACUGAACUUCAAGACGUAGUCUUCAAACUUGCCUAUUUUCUCGAUACGAAAAUGUGUAUUUUAUCGACAGUGCUCAGACUCAAUGCGGAGAUUAUUUCACUAUUACUACGAAAACAAGCGUUGCGACCGAUGUACGUGCUAGCUCUCGGCUUGAUAUCGAUUGCGCAAUCCAUUUGGCUCUGGCUUCGAGAUCCUUUCAGCAGGAGCUUGAAGGAUCUUGUUCCUCACAGCCCUUUCCAACCGGACCUCAUCUCCACACGGACCCCAGAGGAGUUUGCGUCUGGAGUUGCUUUGGGUGUUCAGUCGAUGUUUGGACAUGCUGUAGGUGGUGCAGCUGGUGCAGUCGGUAGAAUAACCGGAACUGUAGGCAAAGGUGUCGCAGCGCUCACCUUCGAUCAGGAAUACCAGCGAAAGCGUCAAGAGGACCUGAACCGUCGCCCUCAGACGUUUGGCGAAGGAAUGGCAAGAGGUGUGAAAGGCCUUGGUGCAGGCGUCGUUGGUGGCAUAACAGGCAUCGUGACGAAGCCAAUGGAGGGUGCUAAACAGGAAGGUGGAAUAGGAUUCUUCAAAGGUGUGGGAAAGGGUCUUAUUGGAGUCGUCACUCGACCAGUAUCUGGUGUGGUCGACUUUGCGAGCAGCACAAUGCAUUCAGUCCGGCGAGUCGCAGGUGCCAGCGAGGCUGGAGCACUUCGCCCUCCUCGUGUCAUACGUCCUGACCACAUCAUCCGACCAUACAGCUAUCAUGAUUCCCUCGGAUUCAAGAUCUUCAACGAUACUGAUCGAGGAGAGCUGGCUGAGACCGAUGAGUUCAUCACUUACGCGCAGAUCACCGAUAAAGUUGUCUUACUGGUUACCAAUGUGCAACUGCAAAAGAAACGUGGAUUCAUGGGAAUUGGCUCGACUGAAGGGAAGAUCAUUACUUUUGACCAUGCUGAGGAUAUACAACAAAAGGUGUUAGCAGCCUACAAAGCGGCUACCCAAUUGCCUACAUAG